GUCAUGGAAGCUAGGUAGCAAUCCAACACAACCUUCUGUAAAAAAUAAAGUCGUGAGAUGGGUGUGUUGGCCUAAAGCAUGGCAGGGCGUCUCAGUAAUUUCCACGACAACAUGUAAAACAAGGGCAUUUUUCAUUUUUCAUUUUUGACUUGACAACAUGAAUGACAUUAUGGAAGAACAAGAAAGGGAUACUCUUCUGGUCGUCCCCGAGUCUCAAGUUAUGCCUGACACGGGCAACAGUAGACCCAGGGCACCAGAAGUGGGUAUCCGGCCUAUAGAGAAGAGAGGGCCCUACAUCAUGUCCAAAGCCCCGGCCAUCCACAUGAAACUGCAGAAGCACAGAGAGAUGGCCCGGAAAGCCCUAAAGAAGAAAGGCUUCACCUCCGCAGGGCCGGUUAUUCAGCAGCCCAGGCAUGGAGUCAAAAAAAGUGUCAAGUUCAACAAGGGCUAUGCAGCCCUGAGCCAGCAUGCAGACGAGACCCUGGUGUCUUUGGACUCUGACAGUGAUGUGGAGUUGGAGUCCCAGUACUCGUCUGGAUAUUCUUCUGCUGAGGUGCACCCCGAUCUGAAUCAGCAGCUCCUGAAGGAUGGCUACCACUUGGACGAGAUGCCGGAUGACGAGGACCUGGACCUCAUCCCCCCCAAGCCCAUGGGCUCGUCUAUGUGCUGCUGUGCAGACACCCCCUCCUGCUCUAUGCAGUGACCGGACCUCAGACCCACCCCCUUCACCUUUGCCCUCUGUGGUGCAGUCCCAUGAGAGGCCAGCAGGGCCACGUUACAACACCACCACAGACCUUAGGGCCACCCAUGGUACAGGGAAGAGGUGGGGGCACAUUUGACCAGCUGUCUAACAGCAUGAGCCCCCUAUCUCUACGGCCAUAGGUGGCCAGGCUCUUUCUCUCUCUCUGCUCGCUCAGUGUGUAGGGUAACAGAGUCGCAAUGCAGUGCAAUGCAAUGCAGUUGACUUGAACGUAUAAUGUUAUACGGGGACCCACAACUUUGAGGGCGUGGGCGUUUUUUUUUUUUUUUUUUUCUUAAAUAGUGUUACUAUUCUUUUAAGCUGCAGUGAAAACCAAACAUUGCCCCUCGUGUGUGUGGGUGGGUGGCUUGGAGUGGCAUGUGAUGGUGCUGACACAGCCCAGUGGAAAUUCCAUACAUGUUAGAUUUUGGGCCUUUUUUAAUUCCUUUCUCCAUAAAUGAUAGUCACUUAAAUUACACUCUUUUUGAUCUCCUGAGGCAUUCCCAACAAGUGUCAAUAUUCUAGGAUCACGCGUCAGCUCUAUCUACCCUAGAGCUCCCGUCUUUGCACAUGUACUCUCAUUACUUGUUUGUUAUUUUUAAAAAAUAUAUAUUUUUAAUGAGCUUUAACAUUGGUCAGGAAGUGAAUUAAGGGACUUGAGAGGGCCUGUUCCUCUUCAUACAAAGGCUUUAAUGGCUAUCUUGUUACCUGCUCGCACAAAUCCUUAUUGUGUGUGAAGACACACACUUACUUUAUGUGAGCACUUAUCUGAACAUUUGUUUGUAGAAUGGUGAAGCCAUUCAGAGAGAAAGAAGGUCGUUGUGAAGUGGUGACUGUGUUAAUCGUCUGUUGCAUUGUUGGUGGUUUGCGUUGGUGAGUGAGUAGUCUACUGAUAGUGGUGAGUCCUCAUUCUGAUUCAAGAAAUGGUUUUCGGACAGAACAGAGGAACUGUCAAAUCAGUACACUCAGUUACUGGUUGGUCAUAUGUUGCUGCCAGUAGAAUUUUUAUAUUUGAAUGAGUUAUCCUCAGAGAAAUUCUAAGAUUUGUCACUACAAUUAGUAUCUACAUACAGCAGAUACACGUUUUUAUUUGGACUUUUCUUGCCUCAUUUUAUUUUUGUGUGAUUGUUUUAGUCACAUUGCUUAAACAAAACCAGUGUUUUGUGAAUACUGUGAUGUCACGUUCCAUUUCAGAGGAGCUAGCGGUCCUUGUUAAGUUUCGAUCACACUUAGAACAUCCUCUGAAAGAAAGACGGCGAGAAAUUCUUUUUGCUUGACACCAGCCUCGCACCUCACGCUGCCUCCUAUUGCUUAAAGAAAAACUGCCUGUCACAAAGCUUGCCAAAAGUCAUGAGAGAAUGUUAAUGAUCAGGAAGCAAGAAAGCAAAAAGCAGGAAGUACUCUGUAUUUAAAUACAGAAUGCAGAAAGUCUUGUCUUGCUAAGGCACAGUUAGUUUGUUUCUCUGAUGACAAGAGACCGUUUAGUGUACUUGAGAAUUUGUUUGAGAAUUGAGAGCUUGAUGACUUGGCAUUGUACAUAUAUAUAUAUAUAUAUAUAGAUACAUAAUGACUGCACUCAGCUGCCUAUGUUGAGAGGAUUCCGCACACUACUCUGGCCUGGAAUAGCUAUGCAAACUCACGGGACAGUUUUGUUUCUUUACCUAUUACCGAAAAUAUACCAACUCCUACCAAGUGCGAAAUGCAAUAACUUGGGAUACUAUUGUUUUGAGCUAGACCACACUAAUCUUUGUAUUUAUGAAUAUUGUUUUUGUUAUGAUAAAUAAACACAUAUAAUUAUGUUUACCUA